AUGAAGAGAAGAAACGUAUUUAUUGACCAAGACUUGAUGAUGCUUUCGAAUGCAAUGGAAUUCAGACCUCUAGUAAUUGAUCAAGGAACAGGAAUGAUGAAGGCUGGAUUCUCGGGUGAUGACAUGCCUCUCUUACUGAUGCCCACAGUCAUGGCUGCUGAUGAUCCCAUUGUUGACCCCAACAGCAGUAAAUUUGUGGGUCAUCGAGGAGCUCAGCCCAAUUCAACCUCAAAUCUCCAUUCCAAAAUGCAUCAACAACAAGAUCGUUCGUCAUCUUCAGAAAAGACACCUGAAGUUCAGGUCGUUCAAAAUAACGAGGACGAAUUGAGCUAUUUAAUUGGAGAUGAAGCUCUUGGCGUCGAUCGAUCAUCAGGAGCAAUAUCUCGCUCUGCCAAAUACUUUUCAUUCAAUGCAAAUAACGAAAAGAACUACCGAGAAAAGAGAGACUCUCGAAUUACAAAUACCCUUAUUACACCAAUGGAAAGAGGUGUUGUCGAUGAUUGGGACAUGAUGGAGCGAAUGUAUGAGGCAAUUUAUUCACAUCCCAAAAUUAACAUGACACCCGAAAAUCAACCGCUUCUCAUCUCAGAAGCUUGUGAAAAUCCUAAAGAAAAUCGUUAUCACAUGGCAGAAAUAUUAUUUGAAAAGUAUAAGGUUCCUUCAUUAUUUAUUGCAACACAACCAGUCUUGUCCUUGUAUUCAACUGGAAAAUCGAGUGGUCUUGUUGUUGAAAUUGGUCAUGGUGUCUCGCAAAUGGUUCCAAUAUUUGAGGGAUUUCCACUCUAUCAUGCCAUCGUCAAGUCAGAAUUUGGAGGUCAAGAUUUAACGAAUUAUUUGCGCCAAAUUCUCGAAAAGAAUAGGAGGUAUGAUCAGCUCAUUAAUUAUGGAACCAUUGGAGGUUUAAAAACGAUCACUGAAAUCAAGGAAAAAUUGUGUUACGUUUCACAAAAUAUUGCAGAAGAGCAGUACAAUGUUGGAGUAUCAGAAUAUGUAUUGCCAGACCGAAAAGUAAUUCAAAUUUCUCACGAAGCAUACAAAUGCCCUGAAGCUCUAUUCUAUCCCAAGUUAGCAGGAAAACCCAGCAUAUUUGGGGUUCAUGAAGCUCUCUAUCAUGUGUAUGACAAGUCGGAUGAUUAUGUCAAACAAAUAUUGAUGGACAACAUUGUUCUUGCUGGUGGAUCAACCAUGUUUUCUGGAUUUAAGCAGCGAUUGGUCAGUGAAUUUUCUCGUGUGUUGGUUGAGAAGACUGGCUCAUCCAAGAUCACAGAAAGGAGCGUGAGAGCAGAAAACGACAGAAUCUUUGGUGCUUGGAUCGGUGGCUCAAUACUUGCGUCACUGCCAACCUUCCAACAGCUGUGGAUCACUCGACAAGACUAUGACGACCAUCAUGAUGCAAUAUUUAGCAGAUGUUAUAGCUAA